CAAACAUCAACUCUAUUCACGCGAACACUGCUCCAAAGUACAUUGACGCUGUGCCUUCAAUGUCAAACUGUAGCCGAUAACAAACCGACAACGAUGCCCCGCGACGACAUGCUCGAACGCUCGCAAUCCCUCCUCCUCCGCAGCGCCACCUCCCGCCGUCAUCUAACCGACUUCUUCUCCCGCGCCCUCUCCGCGUUCCAAUCCUCCACUGACUCGCCGCAAAACUUUCAAGUUGUCUGCACAGCCCCUCCAGCAAGUAGCAGUAAUGCUUCAGCUUCCGCCGCUGCUGCCCACGACGCACAAGGGAAACUCCUUCAUCCACAAUCUCCAGUACCGAUCCCACCGACGAAGCGACCGCACACUCUGAUCGUGCUGGACUCGAGCUUCAACCCGCCUACACUGGCGCAUCUGCGCAUGGCUACCUCGGCAGUGCACGAUGUCAUCAAGAAGAAGAGAAAGGGAGAAGAUGAAAAGGACAUGAGCGGGUUACGACUCCUUCUCCUCCUAGCAGUCGUCAACGCCGACAAGGCGCCCAAGCCAGCGGCCUUUGACCAGCGACUAGCCAUGAUGUGGGCCUUUGCUCACGACGUACAACGGGCUCUAAGAGGGGAAGCGGGCGAAAGUACCAACGAGGUGUCGCCAGCUUCCGGUCCGGGGCCAAAACCAGAGAAGCCGCAAAUCCACGAUAGUAGUCAAUUGGAGGCGGCGGAGGAAGAACAACAAAAGCAAGGACUACCAGUAGAUAUCAGCGUCGAUAUCGGUCUAACAUCGAAACCCUACUUCCACGAAAAGAGCCGGGUGAUAGCUGAGUCCAAGUUUUACAAACCCCCAAAAGAAGAGGGAGAGGAGGAUACAAUGACACAAGUCAUCCUGGUAGGCUUUGACACGUUGAUCCGUAUCUUUGAUCCAAAGUACUACGGCCCUGCCACGCAGGUCACGGCGCACGCGCAUGAUCAAAGCCGGAAGGGGUCACCGAUACAGCAAGCGCUGGAUCCGAUGUUCAAGCGGGCCAAGUUAAGGGUGACGCUGCGGACGAAUGAUGAGUGGGGAGGUAAGCAGGAGCAGAUGGCGUAUCUGGAGAGCUUGUUGAGUGAGGAGGGGCUGGCGAAGAUUGGGGGGAGUAAGGAGUGGGCAGAGAGGAUUGAGCUGGUGGAGGGGAGGAGGGAUGGGGAGGAGAUUGUGAGUAGUACGUAUGCGAGAAAGGCGGCGGAGAGGGAGGAGUGGGGGAAGUUGAGGAGGUUGGUGUCGCCUGAGGUUGGGAAGUGGAUUGAGGGGGAGAGGUUGUAUGUUGUUGAUGUGAAGCCGGGGGCAUGUUGAUUAGAUGUUGAUGGUCUUGAAAGUCAUCAUGGUAAGACAGGAUGGUAGAAGAGACUUGAGUAGAUCGAUUAUAUCCCUUUCAAGACCG